AUGGAGUGUCUAGCUCACAGGUCCUCAGUGCCUGUCGCGCUCGCGUCCCCCAAGGCCGAGCACAGGCUUCCAGCUGCUUCCGCGUCGCUUAAGUUCGCCGCUAGUCCCGCUCUUGGUAACCAGCUGGUGGCGAAAAGCCGACAGGCUGCACGUGCGAGCCAGUCGCAGCUUAGGAGAAGCACCCCGCGGUGCGAGGCUGCACCAGAAGGUGCUGCUCUCACAGCUCCCGAAAAGAAAUCUUCAAGCGACGAGACUAUUCAACAGUUUCUGCAGCGUGACUACAAGUAUGGGUUCGUGUCGAACAUCGAGAAUGUCCAGAUUCCCCGGGGAUUGUCGGAGGAGACGGUGAGGAUUAUCUCGGCGAAGAAGAGGGAGCCGGAGUGGAUGCUGGAGUUCCGUUUGAGUGCGUUCCGACAAUGGCAGAAGAUGACCGAACCCGAAUGGUCGGACAAUCGCUACCCGAAAAUUGACUUCCAGGACGUGAUUUACUACUCGGAGCCGAAGCAGAAGGAGACGAAAGCCUCGCUCGACGAAGUCGACCCGGAGCUUCUCGCCACCUUCGACAAGCUCGGCAUCUCCAUCUCGGAGCAGAAGCGCCUCGCGAACGUCGCCGUCGACGUCGUCUUCGACUCGGUGUCCAUCGCGACGACCUUUCGCGAAGAGCUCGCGAAGGCCGGCGUCAUCUUCUGCUCCAUCUCCGAGGCCGUCCGGGAGUACCCGGACCUGGUCCGGAAGUACCUGGGGAAGGUCGUACCCGUCGCUGAUAACUACUACGCCGCUCUAAACUCCGCCGUUUUCAGCGACGGCAGUUUCUGCUACAUCCCUAAAGACACGAUCAGUCCCAUGGAGCUCAGCACGUACUUCCGAAUCAACGCCAUGGAAACGGGUCAAUUCGAGCGAACCCUAAUCGUGGCUGAUGACCGGAGCUAUGUGAGUUACCUCGAGGGAUGCACGGCGCCGUCGUAUGAUAAGAACCAGCUGCACGCGGCGGUGGUGGAGCUGUGUACGGGCGAGGGCGCGGAGAUUAAGUACUCGACGGUGCAGAACUGGUACGCGGGCGACAAGGACGGCGUGGGCGGCAUCUACAACUUCGUCACCAAGCGCGGGCUGUGCGAGGGCAAGAACUCCAAGAUUUCCUGGACGCAGGUGGAGACGGGGUCCGCCAUCACGUGGAAGUAUCCGUCCGUGGUGCUCAAGGGCGACAACAGCUCGGGCGAGUUCUACUCCGUGGCGCUCACCAACAACAAGCAGCAGGCUGAUACCGGCACCAAGAUGAUCCACGUGGGGAAGAACACGCGCAGCCGCAUUGUAUCCAAGGGCAUCUCGGCAGGGCAGUCGCUCAACUGCUACCGGGGCCUCGUGCAGGUGCAGCCCACGGCACAUGGAGCGCGCAACUACUCUCAGUGCGACUCCAUGCUCAUUGGUGAUAACGCCGGUGCCAACACGUACCCUUACAUCCAGGUGAAGGACCCAACGGCUCGAGUGGAGCAUGAGGCGUCCACGUCCAAGAUCGGGGAGGAUCAGCUCUUCUACUUCCAGCAAAGAGGAAUCGACGCCGAGAAGGCAGUGGGCAUGCUUAUCAGCGGCUUCUGCCGUGAGGUUUUCAACGAGCUGCCUCUUGAGUUCGCCUCUGAGGUCAACCAGCUCAUGAGCCUCAAGCUCGAGGGCUCUGUGGGCACUUUUAGGGAAGAGGCCGAGGGAGACGGGAUGAUUGGUGGAGGAGAAGAAGCCACAGGGGGGGUUGUGAGUGCGCGCAAGUGGGUGGCGGUGUGCUGCCCUCACAUGCCAGCCAGCCUCGUGCAUAAGCUGUUCAGAAAGCGACUGGUGCGAGCCCUUUCUCCACCGGAUUCAUCUCCCCUGCCAAGCACCUUGGGUCCCUCACAUGCACGCUCCAGCAAGCUAUCGCGGGUAUCAGCCAGCCAACUGCUCCUUCCAGGAACCAUCCUGUGCGUCCCGGCGUCUGUCCAACUGCACACCCAUUCGGAUGCAAGCGCGGCAACAUUCGUGUCGAAUGAUGGCAAACGCGUUGCUCCCUCCUCCUCUUCCUUGCCACGUGGCAUCCAACCAGAGGAUAUCGAAAUGUUACAGAAGUGUGUUCUGUUCAAGGAUGAGCACAUAAUCGCCAUCAACAAGCCACCAGGCCUGCCCUCGCAGGGCGGCUACAAAGUGCGCCUUUCAGUGGACAAUCUCAUGCAGCACGCCCUGGCUGCCGACUCCCCCGAGCCUCUUCGCCUGGUGCAUCGCUUGGACAGGGAGACAAGUGGCGCCAUGCUAUUGGCCCGCUCGUCUGCCAGUGCGCGUGUCCUCUCAGCCCUCUUUCGCGAUAAGAGUGCUGCUGGCGUCCAUGCUGCUGCUGCUGGUGCUGAUGGUGCUGGUGAUGAGAGUGAUAAUGGCAAUGGUUCUAGUGCUACUGGUGAUGAGGGGAGCACUGCUGCUGAUUGGGCGUUUAUCAAUGUGGGGUGA